UAUUAGUUGAAAUAUUCUUGUUUGGGUAGAAACAAAAAUUCAGUUUUGUUGAGCAUACAACAAGUUCCCGAGGUACGUGGCAAUCUACGAUAUAUGCCAAUUCAUAAUACGCGAAUGUUUCAUAAACAACUGCCUAAGCUUUUUGUUCCGUAAAAUUAUGUAUUUUAAGUUUAUAAUUUUUUAACUUUGAGUGCAUUUAUAUUUAAAUUUUUGGCAAUACGUAAUCUAUCGAUUUUAAAACAUGAGCGGAACGCGUAUUUUGAUUAUGGCGUAUAUUGGAUAAUGCCUGUACGAAAUUUGGCUGUUGGGUUGGGGUUUGAUAGCGUAUACUGGGAACUAUGAUGUUGCACUAUAUUCAUAGAAAGAGCGGAGUGGUAUUCAAUGCAGUUGCAGUGUUUAUAAAAUAAAAAAAAACUGUUGAAAUUGUUAAAACCAUCGGUAGGUGUUUAUUAUAUGCAACGCGGUAAACUUUCUUUUAAAAAAUUUCAUCAUACUAUGAUUUCUUUUUAGAAUAUGGAUAUCGAUUUUGAGGAAAUAGCUCCUGCACUUGCUGAGCAAGUAGCAACAUUGAUGAUGCAUUUAAUAGAAGACGAGGAGGAGGAAGAGGAAGAAUCCCGUCCAGCAAAGGUCCGUCGAUGCUGGACAACGGACCUCUUUUUGGAAAGGGAAGAUGUGUGGGGGCGUCUUCUUGAGGCAAUUGAUGGUGAAGGACCCAAUUAUCGUAUACAUGACUUUCUGCGUCUGGAUCGGGAGGAGUUCCUCCACAUUUUAUCGUUGAUAGCCCCAAAAAUUUGCCGGGAGAAUACGAAUAUGCGGAAAGCCAUAACACCGAAACAACGGCUUGCCAUCGCGCUACGCUACUUGGCUACAGGGGACUCAUAUGAAUCCCUAGCCUAUUUGUUCAGGGUUUCUAGCCGAUCUGUAUCCCAUAUCGUCCAGGAAGUGUGUUCUUGUCUAAUACAGGACCUUAAGGAGUAUGUCAAGCUGCCGUCCAGUGCUACAGAAUGGCUUAAAACAUCGAGCGCAUUUGAGGAAAAGUGGAAUUUCCCUCAUGCUAUUGCUUCAAUUGAUGGAAAACACGUAUCCAUCAAAGCACCAUCAAAUUCUGGGAGCCAGUUUUUUAAUUAUAAAAAAACAUUCAGCAUAGUCCUUCUGGCUAUGGUAGACGCCAACUAUAACUUCCUUUUUGUUGACGUCGGUUGUCAGGGACGUAUAUCUGAUGGUGGCGUUUUGGCAAACAGCCUGAUCUAUCACAAACUGGAACGGAACGAGUUGAAUAUACCCCCUCCAGAAAUUCUCCAAGUUCCGUAUCAGAUAAAGGUUCCAUACUACCUUUUGGGUGAUCAGGCGUUUGCCAUGAAAGAAUACUGCCUCCGUCCAUUUGGAGGAAUGCAUGCGGCAGAUUCCGUGGAGCGUCAUUUUAACUACAGGCAUUCUCGGGCGCGUCGAACCGUGGAAAAUGCGUUUGGCAUACUAUCACAGGUGUUCCGAGUGUUCCUGAAACCGAUAGAGUUGGAACCGCCCGUAGCAGAAAAGGUCGUCUUAGCAGCUGUUUACCUGCACAACUUUAGACGACGACAAACGCUAUACAAUUUUUCCGAUGCACUUCUGCCACCCAGUACAAGUCAGCCUUCCUCAUCGAUGAUAAUAGAAGAACUGGAUGAUGUAGCAACACCAGCUUCAAUGCUUCCGAUCCCUGCUAUACCCAUUAGGCCAACCAGAGCAUUGCAAAACAUGCGAACACAUGUAGCCCAUCAUCUUAAGUGGAAUGACCCACUUUCUUAUCCUCUACCACAACCCCGAAGAGCUGCACAAUAAUAGUAACAUGAUCACCAGCAUUAUCAUCAGGUCAGGAUGGGAUUUGAUCCCCGGUCCUGCCGUAAAAACCGUUGCUGGUAUCCAUGUUGGCAAUCGAACCGCCCCGUAUAUAAAUAUGUGUGGCAGCGCUAGGAAGUAUCGACAAUCACUUAUAUAGAUUACUUACGGAAUUCAAAGUUGGCCGCGGUACCGUCGUGUCCUGCAGGAACGCCAUAUGCUCAUAAGCAUACCAACUGUGUUCUACAAUGUCAUCCGUCCCUGCAAUCACGUUAUACUUUGUUAGAUACAAAUAAAUAAAUAAAAAUCCAAAUUAUUUACCUGCUCCAGUCACCAUACUACGCGAAAUGUCCUUGCGAAUCCGUCUAUAGGUGUUUGAGAGGUUUUUCCACUUUGCGUGGACAACCUCGUGCGAACGCCCCAUAACGUUCGCAAUUUCCUUCCAUGCCUGGUGGCGGAUCUCGGCAUUUUUGUACAUGCGAUCCGUGUCCUUCCACAGGCAUGUGUAUGAUUUUACCAACUCUAUUAGUUGGAGAACUUCCUCCACCUCUUGAAUUGGCUGGAAUAAGAAAUAGGAAACAAAUUGUUAGUUAUAUAGCUACAGAUUAAGUCCCUUGAAGGCCCUAUAUACAAUAUAAGUGUGGUAUCUGUACCACCUCGAA